CCCGCUAAAAAUUUUAAUUUUUUGUGUUUGCGGGUAAUUUUUAGGUUUGUUUGUAAACAAAACCGAAUAUCACGUGCAUUUAUUAUGCAUUAGAUGUAAUACAAACAGACCAUUCUUAUUUCCAAAAUGCCUGGCUACCUAAAGUAUAUUGAUGUGGACAAUUUUAAGUCUUACAAAGGAAAGCAGCGUCUUGGUCCUUUCAAAAAGUUUACAGCCAUCAUUGGACCAAAUGGAUCAGGUAAAUCUAACUUGAUGGAUGCUAUCAGCUUUGUCUUAGGAGAGAAGACGUCUAAUCUUAGAGUUAAAAGAUUAGGGGAUUUGAUUCAUGGAGCACCCAUUGGACGUCCAGCUGCAAAUAAGGCACUAGUUACAGCUGUGUACACUGACUCCGAUAGUGAAAAGGAGAUUAACUUCACUCGGAUUAUUCAAGGCAACUCAUCAGAUCACAAGAUCAAUGGAACGUCUGUUUCGGCAGCUCAGUACGCAGCAGAGUUGGCCAAGAUCGGUGUUCUGGUCAAGUCGAAAAACUUCCUUGUCUUUCAAGGUACAGUGGAGAGUAUUGCAAUGAAGAAUGCCAAAGAGAGGACUGCAAUGUUUGAGGAGAUUAGCAAAUCUGGGGAGCUAAAAUCUGAGUAUGAUCAAGCAAAAGCCGAUAUGUUGAAGGCAGAAGAAGACACCCAAUUUAAUUACCACAAAAAGAAAGGAAUUGCUGCUGAAAAGAAAGAAGCAAAGAUGGAGAAAGAUGAAGCUGAACGUUAUCAAAGACUGCAAGAAGAACUAGCUGAGAAGGAGGUAGAAUUGCAGCUGUUUCGUCUGUAUCACAAUGAGCGAGAUAUUGAUGAGAUUUCUGAAGAACUAACAACCAAGCAAAACCAACUGGAUAAGGAAAUCCGCAAGCGAGACCGAAUUGAGGACGAAGUAAAAGACAAGAAGAAAGAGCAGGGCAAACUUUCCCGAGAACUCACAAAAAUUGAGCAGCACAUCAAAGAAUCGGAAGUGGAAUUAAACAAGAAAAGACCUCAGUACAUCAAAGCUAAGGAGAAGACUGCUCAUAUGAUCAAGAAGUUGGAUUGUGCUAAGAAAUCUUUAAAGGCUGCAAGGAAGACUCAUGACAACCAUGAACAAGAGAUCAAUGAAUUAGAGACGGAACUGGAGGAAAUUGAGAAGAAGAAAAAUGAAUUUGAUCAGAAAAUGGAAGAAGAGUCUAUGUCACAAGGGAAAUCACUCCAGCUGGAAGAAUCUCAGGUGAACGAGUACCACAGAUUAAAGGAAGAAGCUGGGAAGAGAGCCGCCCGCAAUUUACAGGAGCUUGAGUCAAUCAGCCGUGAACAGAAGUCUGAUCAGGAUCGCUAUGACAACGAGACGCGGAAGAAAAAUGAGGCAUUAGCUAAGAUAAAACAGAAGGAACACGAAAUGGAGGAAAACAGAAAAAGAGUUGACAAACUAAAUGAGUAUAUUAGAACGAGCACCCAGGCUGUGUCUGAGCAGAGACAGGUUGAGCGUGAACUGUCAGAUGAGGUGGAGAUCGCCAACAGUCGCAUCGAUGAGAUCAACAGAGAACUCGAGGAUAUUGUCAUACAGCUGGGAGAAGCUAAGGUUGAUAAGCAUGAAUCGGCAAGAGCUAUGAAAAAAGCGGAGUUGCUAGAUAAUUUGAAGCGUCUUUUCCCCGGAGUGCACGGUCGCCUUAUCGAUCUCUGUGAGCCCAGUCACAAGAAAUAUCAAGUAGCUAUUACAAAAGUGUUGGGCAAGUAUAUGGAUGCCAUUGUUUGUGACUCGGAGAAGACCGCCAAGGACUGCAUCCAGUACAUGAAGGAACAGCGAAUUGAACCGGAAACGUUCUUGCCACUUGACUAUCUCGAUGUCCGGCCAUGCAAUGAGAAACUCAGAGAUAUUCGAGAGCCAAAGAAUGUGAAGUUGGUGAUAGAUGUGAUCCGAUAUGAUCCCCCAGUCAUCAAAAAGGCUCUCUUGUUCGCCUGCGGCAAUGCUCUCGUUGCAGAGACUGUCGAAGAUGCUCGCAGAGUUGCGUUCGGCAGCACAGAAAGACACAAGUCUGUGGCAUUGGAUGGUACACUUUUCCAGAAGUCUGGUAUCAUAUCUGGAGGUGCAAGUGAUUUGCGAGCAAAAGCCAGACGAUGGGAUGAGAAAAUGUUGAAUCAGUUGAAGUCAAGGAAGGAACGACUCCAGGAGGAGUACAAGGAACACAUGAAGAAGAAGAGGAAGGAAUCUGAGCUAAACACGAUCAAAUCUCAAAUCAAGGGCUUGGAGACCAGGCUGAAAUACUCUGUCACUGACAGAGACAACACACAAAACAAACAGUUACUGCAGAAUGAGAAAGACUUGAUGGUGUACAAUGAGAUGGUGAAAUCAUUUGAUCCAAGAAUGGCAGAAAUUGACCGACGGAUGUCAGAGCGGGGUGACAAAAUCAAGCAGUUAAAAGACAAGAUGAACCGAGUUGAAGAUGAAGUAUUUUCUGAUUUCUGCGAACAGAUUGGUGUGGCAAAUAUCAGGCAAUAUGAGGAGCGUGAACUGCGUAUUCAGCAAGAAAGAGAGAAAAAGCGACUUGAGUUUCAAAAUCAGAAAUUCAGGCUUCAAAAUCAGAUUGAAUUUGAGAGAUCCCGUGAUACUGGAGAAAAUGUUCUGAAGUGGGAGAAAACCGUACAGACUGAUGAACGGGAACUGGAAAAAGUUAAAAAUGAGGAACAGAAACAUAUGAAGGUGAUAGACGAGGAGAUGCAGAAUCAGGAGAAGCUCAAACAGUCGAAGAUGAUGGCCAAGUCUCAGAUCGACGACGUGGAAGGUGAGAUGGCCGAGAUCAAGAAGAGACUGUCGUCACACCAGAAAGACGUCACUGCCAUUUCCAAGGUUAUCACGUCGCUCGAGACGAAGCUGGAGCAGAAACGAGCCGACAGACACAGUUUGCUGAAAACAUGCAAGAUUGAAGAUAUCCAACUGCCUAUGAAGAGAGGCACGAUGGACGACAUUAGCCAGGAAGGCGAUGUGUCCAGUCAGCCGGAGGCCAGCCAGGAGACGCCAUCAGACAGCAUGUCCAGUCAGGGUGCUAAAGCCAUCUACGAAAAGGAGGCCAAGAUCCGCAUCGAUUACUCCAGUCUCAGCGAUGACUACUUGGAUCUGGAACACGAUGAAGUGAAAAGGGUUCUCGAUUCACUGAACAAGGCAGUCUCAGAUAUGAACACCACUUUGCAGAGAAUUAAUGCCCCCAAUAUGAAAGCUAUGGAAAGGCUUGAUGGUGUGAAGGAGAGGCUGGUUUUAACAUCGGAAGAAUUUGAAAAUGCCAGAAAGCGUGCCAAGAGAGCUAAGCAGGUGUUUGAGAAAAUACGCAAGGAGAGGUACGACCGAUUCAUGUCAUGUUUCGACCACGUGGCCACUCGCAUUGACGACAUUUAUAAGGCUCUUGCCAGAAAUCAGAGUGCCCAGGCGUUCCUUGGUCCCGAGAACCCCGAAGAGCCGUAUCUGGACGGUAUCAACUAUAACUGCGUGGCCCCAGGGAAACGCUUCCGACCCAUGGAUAACUUGUCUGGAGGAGAGAAAACCGUCGCAGCUCUCGCUCUCUUGUUCGCCAUUCACAGUUUUCAACCAGCUCCCUUCUUUGUUCUCGAUGAGAUUGAUGCUGCACUAGACAACACUAAUAUUGGCAAGGUUGCAGCUUACAUCCGUGACCAAUCACAGAACCACUUUCAGAUCAUCGUGAUUUCUCUAAAAGAGGAGUUCUACAACCGUUCCGAUUCUCUGAUUGGUAUAUACCCAGAGCAAGGUGACUGUAUCAUCAGCAACAGUUUGACCCUUGACCUCACAGAUUAUCCUGAUCCCCAUGCCCACGAAGAGGAUCACAUGCCGAUUGUUCGAUAGCAUCAUUGACAAACAUUUUAAUGUGACUCAUCAUGUAUACCAGAAACACAUGUUAACCUUCAUUUUAUCACCCAUACAACAUGGUGCAUUUAUUGUUUAAUGUGACACAUCGUGUAUACCAGAAACACAUGUUAACCUUCAUUUCAUCACCCAUACAACAUGGUGCAUUAAUUGUUGAAUGUGCUUACUAACUAUCUGUGUUCAUUUGUCAGUAGACUAUAACCAUAAUUCUGUGAAUUACACAUUGCUUGUGACAUAACAUUUGUGUAUUAAUUAUAUUUUAAACAUGCAUUUUGCAAAUUUGUUAUGUAGAUUCUUGAAGGAUAGUUCUAUUGAAACUGUCUCCAACAAAACAACUUCUUGAUCUGGAUCCAUAAUCUUGUAUUUGUGAGCAUUGGCAGGGUAGAUUGAAUAUGCUUUUAUAACAUCAUCCAUUGAGUUCAGACAAAUUUGAGUCUUUCACCAAAGACUAGAAUAGGUUAAAAGUUGAAAAUAAUUUCCAAUGUAUUAACAGGGCUUCUAGAAUUGUGAUAAAAAUCCACUAGCCAUGGGAUCAGUGAUUUAAAACAUUUACUAAACCUACUUAAGUAAAUACAAUUUUACUAAUAGGAAUAAUUGGAUAUGUUAUCUAAAGUAGUUAGAUGGAGCUUAAAAACCCUUAGAUAUGAGGGGAGGAAAGGGCUUCAUCAUCUUCAUAAAUCAAGGCUAAUAUUCGUUCCUCGUAUUCAGCCUUGAUACAUGUAGUCAAGAUUACUGAUAUCCACUACUAGCGCCCUCUAUUGGAAGAAAAUUUGUAAAUCCGAUUAUGUC